AAUCACGCAUUCGUACACGUCACCAACCAGGAAAUGAGUACAUCCACGGAGAGGGGUGGCGAAAGAAUCACAACAGAGCCUUUGAGCGUUCGCGUUUUGCGCCGCUAAAACCACAACGCCGUUUUUCUUUUAUUGACGAGAGCAAAUAUGUCACGGAAACUCAAAGAAGACUAUUAUCGGUUCUUCUCCGUUACCGACCCACGCACACACGAGAAGGGCCACACCGAGUACAAAGUAACGGCGAGGUUUGUGUCCAAGCGUCACCCAGACGAUGUGAAGGAGGUGGUUGUGUGGAGGAGGUUCUCAGAGCUGAAGAAGCUCCACGGGGAGUUGGCCUACACACAUAGGAACCUGUUCAGAAGAGAGGAGGAGUUUCCACCUUUUCCCCGAGCACAACUUUUUGGAAGGUUUGAUGGGGCUGUGAUAGAGGAAAGGAGAAAAGCAGCAGAGGCCAUGCUUCAGUUUACUACCAGCAUUCCUGCUCUGUAUAACAGCCCACAGCUGAAGGAGUUCUUCAGAUUCCCUCCAGUCCCAUCUCCAUUCACGGACCCCGAAUCAAAAGAGACCCAGGAAGAAUUCGACUCACUGUUUGACUCUGUGGCUGAAGGACUCCCAUCCCCAAAGGAAGAAGUUCCUCCUCCACUAUCUGAUAAUGACUUGGCUGUUUUUGAUCCCUGCUAUAAACAAGAUAGAUCCAAUUCUUCCACCGACCACUCAGAGUUAUUCUCACUACCAUCAAACAGUGUGGACGGAGAGGACGGGGGUUACUUAAACCAAGCUGCCAAGGAGCUGACAGCUGCCAUGGAGAGGGAGAAGGAGGGAGAAAUUAGUUCUGCCAUUUGUGGAUACAGGAUGGCCGUGGAUAUUCUGAUCACUGGAGUACAAGGAGACACGGAUCCAGUACGCAGGGAGUCUGUGAUGCGAAGGACGGCGCAGUACCUGAAGCACGCUGAGAUGUUGGUGGAAAGGCACUCCUCACCCUCUCACAGUCACACACCUGCACAGGACCACUAGAUGGGCGCGUGUAUUGACGCACAAUGUACAAUAUAUGAGGAAAUCUGGAACACAAUGGAACUCAGGGUCGUGGCAUACACGGGCAUGUCACGCAAAGGCAUAUUGACGAAAAGUACAGAUAAACAGUUUCACGGAUACGUGCACAUACGGACAUUUGGACCGUGGCAUUCCCAAAUACAAGCGCAUCCACCUGGAAAUGAAACAACAUGGCACAAACAUACAGACCCACAUGUCUGAGGUACACACUACAGUACAAACUGGAUCUUUAGUUGCCUUUGUUUUGAAAAACUUGUGACUCACAAAAUCGACAUAUACAGAAACUGAACGUAGCUGUUAACUUAUUGAACUAAUGCAUCUCUUCUUCUUUUUGUCUUUCCUUUACAUUGUCCUCUUCUUGAGCACAAUAAUGUAUAAGUGUAUCAGUGAUUUACAUUUUUGCACAAUCUUUUGUUAAUAAAUAUGAUUUUAAUUUAA